GUUGGAAUGGAUGCCAGUGAGGCCCGCGGGGCAGCGAGCAGCGCUCCAGAGCAGCAGCCGCCUGGUGCCACCGACACAGCAGCCCAUGCUGCAGCAUCGAGCGAGGCGCCGGUCGUCUCUGCCAGCGAUAGCGAUGGUAUUGCCAAUUCGAGCGCCAUUCCAACUGCUGCGGUCAUUCUCCAACCGCAAACACAAGCUGCGACUUUGCCUUUGCCCGCCCAGCAGCAGCAACCCCAGCAGCAGCAGCAACCCCAGCAGCAGCAGCAGCAGCAACCCCAGUCUCAGGUGGCCCACGAAGCGCAGCCGCAGCAGCAGCAGCAGCAACCCCAGCAGUCUCCUCUUUCUGCUACUGCCGCUCCACCGUCGCUGUCUCAGUCCGCUUCCAUCGUCACAAGCGCGGCUCCGUCCGUCUCAAACGCACAGCCAGCACGCGCUCUCAUGUCGCCGCGACCGACUGGAAGCGCCAAUGCGAUCGUCCGCCCAACGUCGCCGCUGGCAUACCCGGCAGGCUCAGCUGGCAAUGCGGGAGGAGCAGGAGAUGUAGUCAAGCAGCCAUUCCGGCGCCUGCCGUCGGGGCUCAUGCACGACCUCGAGGGCCAGCGCGCCCAGCAAAAGCUGCGUAGACUGCCCGUCGAUGCCACCCACGACCUGUCCUCGCCGCUGCUGAUGGCGCGCUCGGCGACCGUCAAGAAAGUCAGUCCCAGGUCAGAGUUGCUUGCGGCCAUUCGUGGCGGAAUGAAGCUCAAGCACUCUGCUGCGCUCGCCGCCGUGUCGGGUGUCGCCACUGCUGGCGCGGUCGGUGCACCGUCAGCUCCCGUAUCGUACCGUGAUCGCAUGGACGGUAUCGCGGCGGGUGCGGGUGGGGAGCACUCGCCCGAUUUCCCGACCAACGCUCCAACCUCGGGUUCCCGGAUUAGCAUUAAGGCACGGCUCUCAGGCACCUUCUCGCGCUCGUCCUCAUCCAGCUCACUCAAUGCCAGUGCGGCAGGCGGAGGCGCGGAGGAGUCCAAGGCGCGUCACUUCCACUACGACUUUGUCAAGUUCAAGCCAAACUUUUCAGUGCAGAUCAUCAACCACCAGUUUGCCUUUGAUGCCGUGGCUGCCAGUCUGCCCGCCGUGCUCACUGCACAACCUGACGCAAUUUCCACCACCAUUUCCACCGCCACCACCACCACCACCACCACGACCUCGACAGACCCCUCGGCUGCAACAUCAGCACCUUCUUCCGUGGCAGCAAAGCCUUUUACAGAAGCGCAUGUUCGGAAGGUUCUCGACGCAGUCACCUUCGACGUGCGUGUUACGAGCGGCCGCCGGUCGUGGACGUUGCAGCGCAGCUGGGCAGACUUUUCUGCCAUCGACGAGCAACUUCAUCGCUGCAUUUUCAACCGCAAGUACAGCCAGCUGGCAUGUAUCGAGUCGGACAUUGCUCCGGCCGUUGUGAGUCGUCAGGCGGCCGUGCAAGUUGCGGCAGGCACGCCGCUCUCCCUCAUUCCCGUGCAACUCGUGGUCGAACCCACCAUCGCCUUGCUUGCGACGUACUUGAAGCGGCUUGCGACCAUUGCGGCGGGCUGCCUGACGUGCAGCGUUGUGCUGUCUUGGCUUGACAUCACUCCAGGAGGCAAGCCGGCCAAGCGGGGUCUGGGCACGCUGAUUCCGACGUCGCUCGUUCGCCACCUGCAGUCGCUCAACCUUCUUCGCGGCUCGAAUGUGCUCGACCUGACCAAGCUGCAGCUGUACCGCAAAAAUCUCCGUGAGCGUCGCCGGCUGCAACUGGAGCGCGAGCGCUCACGCACCACUCCAGCGCGCAGUGUUUCGUCCGAGUCGGAUGACGGCGCGGGCACUGGCGCUGGUGCGGGCGCGGGUGGGGCCGGUGUUCCAAAGGUCACGUUUUCGGACAGCCUCACGCCCGAGCCUCAAGCUCCCAGCAACGCCAAUGCGAACGAAAUGCUCGUCGCUCGCUUCCCCAAGCUGCGAAUCGUUGCGGUUGGCAUGGUCAUUGCCCCGUACGAAGGCCAGGAGGAGGACGAGCUGUCCCUGCAAGCCGGCGAAGUCAUUUCGAUUGUCGACAUGCCGUCGACGCAAGAGUCACCCUGGUGGCGCGGCUUUAAGGGAGCGAGUGAGAUGGUUGGAUUCUUCCCUCGCGACUGCGUCCAGGUGAUUACGCCGGCCUCCGCGUCCGACCCACGCCCGCCAUCGCCAAUGUCCAACUCCUCCUCCGCCAGCCCGCCGUCCCUGUCGCCUUCCAUCCAGCACUUGUCCGUCUCUGAAAAGGCCCAAAACCGCCGAUCGGGCACCUGGUCUGGUGCGAACAUUCUCGACAGCAGCUUGAUGGAGCAGGCGUCGUCCCCAACGGCCUCCAGUCCAAGCGGUGGAAGCCUCGGUGGCGGUGUCUCCUAUCCUCCAUUCCCAACUGCGUCGGGCUCACCGCGUCCAUCCGGCAAGCUCAAAAUUGUCACCUUCCUUCGGUCCUUCUUCCACGACCGCCAUUCGGAGCAGAAUGUGGCCUACCCUCCGCCGUCUCUUGUCCAUCUGCGACGAUCGGGUAUCUUUAAGGAUGCCGUCUUUGGGGCUGAUCUCUCGGAGCUGCUUCAGCGCUAUCUUGAAAACCCGGACGUCCAUCGGCUGGCGAACGAGGUGCUGCAAGAGUCCUUCCAGCCAGCAGCGUUGGAGGGCGCGGCCAACAAGUCCCCCUCCGUUGCCAUUGCAUCCUCUCCGACAACAGCGGCAGGAACGUCGUCCCCGCGUCUCCAGCUCGCCCCUGCUGCCUACUCGUGGCAGGGCGUCGCGCAGCUGCAGUAUCUGCCCACCGUCCCCAUUGUCAUCCAAAAGUGUGUCCAUGCCAUCGAGCGUCUCGGAAAAGUCAAGGGCAUUUACCGUGUUUCGGGCACUGCGAGCCGUGUGCAAAAGUUGCGCUUUGCCUUUGACGCCAACGAAGACAAGGUCAACCUGGAUGACAUCCCGCAGAGCGAUAUUCACUGUGUCUCCUCCCUUCUCAAGCUCUAUCUUCGCGAGCUCCCAACACCGCUGAUUCCCACCGCCCAGCACGAGAGCUUUUUGCGGUGCGUUGGCAUUCCAGCUCAGCUGCAGCGUGUCACCGCCCUGCAACACCUCAUGUUGCGCCUGCCACCGGCCCAUUUGGCCACGCUCCGCUACUUGCUUCGUCACUUGUCGUUAAUGAACGGCUUCCAUGAAAAGACCAGCAUGGCAUCCUCGAAUCUGGCCAUUGUGUGGGCGCCCAACUUUUUGCGCGCUCGCGAUGCUGCCUCUCCCAUGCUGGCCAAGCUCCUCGAUGAAGUGAUGCCCACCGUCCAUGCGAUCAAUAGCGCUGCCGCGGCCGUCGCUGCUGCUGCUGCUGCUGCCGCCGCCAGCCCUACGGCUCCUUCUGCCGAUUCGCCCGCGUCGAUUCCGUCGUCUGGUUCGCUCAUGUCCCUGUCUGCACUCGGCACCUCUUCAUCGUCACUGAGCGACUCGAGCCUGUCCCUCAACACACUUGGCGGCUCUGCCGCGUUGGCCCAGUCGCUCAGUCGCUGCGAGUGCAUGCUCAUCCAACUGAUGAUUGAGGACUUUGACUUGCUCUUCCCAGAGUGGCGCCGAGAGGAGGAGAGUGAGAUUGCCGAUCGUCGCCGUCAGCGCUCUCGUCUUCGUGAAAUGGGCAGUCUGGUCUACUUGCGCAAAAGCUUUUCGAUCGGAGUCAUGUCGGCGAUCGCUCCCGCCCCCGAAAGCCAAAGCGAGACGGUUCGUGUUCCGACCCCGGCCCUUCGUCGCUGCCUUGUGCGUGCCAGCCAGCUCUACGAGCAGAUGGGAGGCGACUCGAACGCGGAAGCUGCUGCCGAGGCCGCAUUUGCGGUUAUUCUCGAAGAAUCGGGCGAGGACGAGGAGGUCUCCAGUAGCCCGACGCAGAACUUGGACUCGAGUUUGAACGUGUCUGGCCUGGACGAUGCUGCCGAUUCCGACGAUUCAGAGAACGAAGAUGGCUUCCUCAGUGCAAACCGCCUGUCGAGUGCCUACUCUGACGUCGAGGAUGAAACGGCUCAACUGCAGUCGUUUGAAGACGCGCGGACUGACUUUGAAGGCUCCGAGAAUGCUCAUCCGACAGGCGAUUCUGCAGAUGCCAAUGCUCUCGACAGCAAUGCUGAUGCUCUGGAGAUGAUUGGCGAGUCUGCCGAGGACGAAGAUCCGGUUGACUCCUCGCCAGCAGCAGCAGCAGCGGCAGCUGCACCCAAGUUCUUGUCUCCGACUGUCAACCGCUCGCCAUUGAACUUGAGCCCUGUCCUGUCCCCGUCCGUUUCUCCAGUCCCCUCGCAUGGCCUCACCUCCCACAGUCCUGUCUCGGGCAGUUUGGCCAACCUUGCCGAGGAGAAUGAGGACUGCGAAGAGCCAGAAGUGACACCUGUCCCGACCGCGACCGCGACCGCGACCGCAGCAGCCAAAGCGGAGGUAGUCGUGGCCAGCAAGAACACUGCCGAGCCCCAGAAAUCUGCGGCAGCUCCACAAAUGGCACCCCAAACGCCUCCUUCGUCUGCACAACCUCCAGCGUCGCCUUCGCAGGCCUCGACCGCUGCUACUACGCCCGGCUCUGUCGUUUCGGCAAACCCCAUUUCGAUUGGCAAGCUCAAGCGAUCGUUCGAGACGCCUGGUCUGGGUGUGGCCAUCGAGACCUCCCCGGCGGCAUCGCCUGCCCCCGCCCGCACCACGCCAAAGAAGUUGCAGAUGAACUGGCCACCACCGCAGGCAAGCGAGGCCGAUCCCAACCAGCCGACCUCGCCCAUCAUUGCUGUUCUACCCGACUCGGUCAAAAAGAUUGUCAACGGCGCCGAUCGCAUUGCUUCGUACGUGCUCGGGUCGUACUAUCCAUGGGGAGCGAAGGGGGCCAAUCCAGAAGGCGCGCAGGCCGAGCCUUCUGCAGAUGCUUCUCCUUCCCAACCACAGGAGGCGGAGGCGGCGGCGGCGGCGGCGGGGGCGAAGGAACCCCACGCUGAAUCGCACGCUUAAACAAUCCAAACCCAACCACACAAAACAAGAUACUGUCUUCCAACUCUUCCACUGCAGGUCAAGCUUCAAAGUAAAAAAAAGAUUAUUCCCCUUAUUGUGCUGCUGUCGUGAUUGUUCAUGUUUUUACGUUUUCGGUUUUCGGCUUUUACUUCUGUUUUUGUUUCAAAGAUGCUGUUUUUCAGUGUGUCUGUCACGUUGUACCGUAUGAAUGAUAGUUUUGCUUGACCAA